CUGAAUUAACUAGCUAAACCACAAACAAGUGAGUACACCCUAUUUAUUAAUCUAAUUCAACGAAUAAGUAUUUUAACGUGACCAACAUUAUCAUCAUUGUCAGCAGUUUUCAAAAGAAAAAAACUCUGAAGAUGCAAUUGAAGCUUCAUUUAAUUAUUGAUGUGAAACAUCUAUAGCCGCACGUAAAACCGUGGCGUGGCGACGCAUACUGUGGCGACGCGUUGCCACGCUAUAUUAUGGUAUAUAUAUACAGUCUAUAUGCAGUAGUGUGUACGGUGUGGCGACGCGUCGCCAUGCGCAAUCGACUGUGCGAUUCUAUCCCACUCGAUCCGGCGUUAAGCCAUCUCUCUCGCUACACUGAGCUCGGAUACCUAUAGUGUAUACUCCGCAGUGUAUACAGUGUUGUUUACUACAGUACACAUAACCUGUGUUUUACUUGAAAACAAAUAAUUUUUUCCUCAAAAUGAAUUCCAAAUUGCUGUUUUUCAUCGCCACAGUCCUGGUGUGUGUAAACGCAGAAGUAUACAGGUCUUCUGAUUAUGAAAAAGAAUACCCCAUCAGAGGCCUAUUUUCAAAGCGACACCCCCGUGACGUCACGUGGGACACGAGAAUGGGAGGAGGGAAGGUCUUCGGCACUUUGGGACAGAACGACGAUGGACUAUUCGGUAAAGCCGGUUACAACAGAGAGAUUUUCAAUGAUGACCGCGGUCAGCUAACCGGCCAGGCUUACGGCACCAGGGUCUUAGGACCCGGAGGUGACAGCACUAACUACGGUGGACGUCUGGACUGGGCCAACAAGAACGCACAAGCUGCCAUUGACAUAAACAGACAAAUCGGAGGCAGAUCUGGGAUGACAGCCUCGGGCUCCGGUGUGUGGGAUCUUGAUAAGAACACCCACAUCUCAGCCGGCGGUAUGGUCUCGAAGGAAUUUGGUCACAGAAGACCAGACGUUGGUCUUCAAGCAGAGAUCCGGCAUGAGUGGUGAUUGUCAACACAAUCCCAUCAUUCAUAGAAUUAUGUUUGUUUGUCUUUCGCCAAAAAAGCUACUAUUUGCUUCUGUGUAUAUUUUGCAAUUACUAGUGUAAAAUGUUAUUUUUGAUUGUUUUAAGAAAAUGUCAAUAUUAUUAACGAAAUAUGUCUUACUGAUAACUUGUUUUUUUAAUGUAACAAACAAACUGUAGACAAACAGUAUUUUUCUGUAUCUCGUACUUUGUGAUAAAUUAAUUAAAUCAUCUAGAUAAUAAAUAAUAAUAAUAAUAAAAAAUGUAUAGUUCAA